AUGGUUAAAGUUGCUAUUCUUGGUGCAGCUGGUGGUGUUGGACAGCCACUGUCGCUGCUUUUGAAACUGAGUCCCUUUAUUUCCGAACUGUCCCUAUACGAUGUACAGAACCCUGAGGGGAUCGCUACAGACCUCUCUCACAUCAACACGAACUCAGUGUGUACCGGGUCUGAUAAGAAGGACCUACAGCGGGCUCUCACGGGAGCCCAAGUAGUUGUGAUUCCUGCUGGGUUAGCGAGGAAACCAGGAAUGACCAGGGACGAUCUGUUUAGAGUGAACGCGUCUAUUGUCCGAAUGCUGUGUCUGGAGAUUGGCAAGACGUGUCCCGAGGCGACUGUGCUUGUCAUUUCCAACCCUGUCAACUGUCUCGUGCCCGUUGCUGCGGAGACUUUCCGGGAGUGUGGGUGCUUUGAUGCGGGCCGAGUACUGGGCAUCACGACGCUAGAUAUCGUGAGGGCGGAAUCCUUCCUUGGGGAUGUCCUGAGAAAGACUAGCGGGCAGCCACAGAACAAGGGGACGAUGGGCCAAAAGAUCAGUGUUAUUGGUGGUCACUCGGGGAAGACGAUCGUCCCCAUAUUACUAGAGAAGAGUGUGCAAGAAACGGUUGGUCUGCGCGCGUACGAGGCGCUUAUUAACAGAAUACAGUUUGGUGGUGAUGAGGUGAUCCAGGCGAAGAAAGGUGCCGGGUCAGCUACUCUUUCGAUGGCGUACGCCGGGUACGAGUUCACCUCUGCCAUCUUGGAGAGCAUAGUCCACGGUGGCGCAUCCCCCAAUACCAAGAAAAGGGCACACUUACCUGCAUACGUGUACUUACCUGACUUACCACACGGAGCUGAAGCGCAGUCAAAGCUGGGGACCACUGCGGUGACGUACUUCUCCCUGCCGGUAGUGAUCCGCUCCGGUCGUGUAGUUGACGUCGACGUGUCCAUUCUGGACAAUUUGACCACGCUGGAGAAGCAGAUGGUUUCUGUGGCUGUCCCCCCGAUAGCCUCGAACAUCGACAAGGGCAGAAACUACGUCGCCAAGCCUGCAAAGCUGUGA